AUGUCAAAACGUUCACUUAGUGCAAGUAGCAAUCAAGAAGAGGUGGAAGAAAAAGUUAAUAAAAAACAAAAGGCAGAACAAUCAAAUUUGAUCGAUGGAAUGGGUGAAGUCCCUCAACUUGAAACUACCGAAACAGCUUCGGAAUCAGUCAGUUUCGAUUUCGAAACUUUAGAUAUUUCGGAACCUACUAAGAAAGCCAUUAAAGAAAUAGGGUUCACUAGAAUGACGGAAGUUCAAGCAAGAACGAUACCUCCAUUAAUGGCUGGUCGAGAUGUUCUAGGUGCUGCUAAAACAGGCAGUGGCAAGACUUUAGCGUUUUUAAUUCCGGCGAUUGAAAUACUCCACAAAUUAAAGUUUAAACCCAGAAAUGGAACCGGUGUAAUCGUCAUUUCUCCAACAAGAGAGUUGGCUCUUCAAAUUCUUGGAGUUGUAAAAGAAUUGCUUCAAUAUCAUCAACAAACAUUUGGAAUUGUAAUGGGUGGAGCUAAUAGACAAGCUGAAGUUCAAAAAAUAACUAAAGGAGUAAAUUUAUUAAUUGCCACUCCCGGAAGAUUAUUAGAUCAUCUUCAGAACACCAAAGGGUUUGUAUACAAGAAUCUCAAAGCUCUUGUUAUAGAUGAAGCAGAUCGUAUAUUAGAAAUUGGUUUUGAGGAGGAAAUGAAGCAAAUUAUUAAAAUUCUUCCCAAAGAAAAUCGACAAUCAAUGCUCUUCUCCGCUACGCAAACAACUAAAGUUGAAGAUCUUGUACGAAUAUCCUUGAGACAAGGACCAUUAUAUAUUAACGUAGAUGAAAAAAAAGAAACGGCUACAGUGGAUGGACUUGUUCAGGGAUAUGUUGUUUGUGAUAGUGAUAAAAGAUUUUUAUUAUUAUUUACAUUUUUAAAAAGAAAUUUAAAAAAAAAGGUUAUAGUGUUUUUUUCUAGUUGUAAUUCUGUUAAAUACCAUGCGGAAUUAUUAAAUUAUAUUGAUGUGCCGGUAUUAGAUUUACACGGAAAACAAAAACAAACAAAGCGUACAAAUACCUUUUUUGAAUUUAUUAAUGCACAACAUGGUGUUCUACUUUGUACAGAUGUAGCCGCAAGAGGAUUAGAUAUCCCUGCAGUGGAUUGGAUCAUACAGUACGAUCCGCCAGACGAUCCACGUGAUUAUAUUCAUCGAGUUGGUAGAACCGCUAGGGCAGGUGGUCAAGGAAAAAGCUUAUUAUUUUUAUUACCAAAUGAAUUAGGGUUUUUACGCUACCUUAAACAUGCAAAAGUACCAUUAAAUGAAUAUCAAUUCCCUGCAAAUAAAAUUGCUAAUGUUCAAUCACAGCUUGAAAAGCUUGUUGAAAAAAAUUAUUAUCUUCACGAAUCAGCCCGUGAUGGAUUUAGAUCUUAUUUAAUGUCUUAUACUUCCUAUUCACUUAAAUCGAUAUUUAAUGUGAAUAAUUUAGAUCUUCAGAAAGUCGGUAAAGCAUUUGGUUUUAAAGUACCACCAAAAGUCCAUAUUACUAUAGGUUCGAGUGGAAAAGAUUCAAAAAUUAGCAAACGAGAUAGAAAUGAUAAGGGAUCAAAUAAUCAUUUUGUUAAACAGAGGGGUAAUUCUUUGAAAAAGAACAAUGAUAAACAGUGGAGUAGAUAA